GUGUGUGUGACCAAGCUCUUGCUACGCUAACGGAGGACAGACCGUGAUUGAGAAGCUAGUUUAUCCCCUGAUGUCCUUGGUGAUAGUGAGCGUUGCCAUCAGUGACAUUCCCUCCCCGUGUGCUAGUCUGUCGCCUGAUGUCAGUCUGGUCCAGAACACUCCAGGCAGGAAGCUGGAGCUCUCUCUGUCCAGCCCCGUGCUAGGCUCUCCUCAUCCCACAUCAGCCCUGUCCUCGAACAGUUAACUCUCCACUUCUCCUGUCAAACUCAGAGGACCAAUGGGAGGAGGAGGAGAGAGGAAGAAGCGAUGCAUUAUGGUCCAGGUUGUAUGGAUGGAUGCCGGCAGUCGAGUCCUAUCUCUUCUCUCCCUCCCUCCCAUCCUCCCUCCCUCCCCGCCCGGCACCGCAUUGAGACAAGCAUGUGGAAGAGAAUCCUAAAUGUGCUGGGAGGUGUGCGUGCGUGCACGUACGUGCCUUCCUGAGAGCCGAGGAGACGAAAACGAGAAGCGUUGCAAGACGAGGGGGAAAGACCGCCUGCCUGUGUGUGUGAGGGAGAGAGAGUUUGUGUGUGUGUGUGUGAGGGAGAGAGAGAGAGAGAGCGUUGGUGCAGCGGCAAGGCCAGAUGCGUGUGUGACAGCGGGUGUGCUGGUGUGUGUGUGUGCGUGCGCCUCGGCAAUGCUGAAUCAGGAGAACGGCAGCCUCGGCCCCCCACGGCUGGCCGGGAGGAUGUAGCGGCCCUGGGCGCCGUGCUGUCUCAGGGAACGCCGGCCUGCGGAGAGGAGGAGGAGGAGGAGAGAGGGGGAUGAAGGGCCGGGGGUGCUGGGAGCAAGGGCCGGUUCCCUCCUUCUGUGCCUCGGGGUGUCUGGGGAAGGGGAGGCAGGCUGCAUGCGGCUCCAGGGCGGCCGCGGAGCCCCGCACCCCCAGCCCUCUGUACGGCACCGCCCGCAGGAAGCCCUCCUCAUCCUGCCAUCUCCUCCACCUCGUAUGCCUGAGAGAUGACUCUGGGGAGGAGGAGCCCACGUCGCAGUCAGAGCGGAGCGACAUCCACGGGACCCUGAAGACGCUGCUCAGCAAGCUGGACGAUCUGAGCACGUGCAACGACCUGAUCGCCAAGCACGGUGCGGCGCUGCAGCGCUCGCUCAGCGAGCUCGAGGGGCUCCGGGUGCCUCCUGACGGGGGGGAGAAGGUGAAGGCCGUCAACGAGAGAGCCACCCUCUUCCGUAUCACCUCCAAUGCUAUGAUCAACGCGUGUCGGGACUUCCUGGACCUAGCGGAGACCCACAGCGUCAGAUGGCAGCGUGCGCUCCAGUAUGAGCGAGAGCAGAGAAGCCGUCUGGAAGAGACCAUCGAGCAGCUAGCCAAGCAGCACAACAGCCUGGAGAGAGCCUGGAGAGAAGCCCCGCCCACAGCCAGCGCUCCAGCCCCAGACCAGGGAGGGGGUAACAGGCUGCAGGAAGGCGAGGCGAGUGAUGAAGAUGAGGAUACGGAGUUCUUCGACGCCAUGGAGGACUCCCCCGCUUUCAUCACCGUAACCGCUAGCGACAGCGCGCAGCGCAGGCGAUCGCAGACCAGCCAGAGUGGAGCCGGUGGAGGACAAGACUGGAACCAGGACGGCCAUGUGUCGCCGAGCUGCAACAGCCUAUCAGGGAAGGAGCUGCAGCCAGGCAGGAAGAGGCGGAGCCACAUCCCAGACAAGCCCAACUACUCACUCAACCUUUGGAGCAUCAUGAAGAACUGCAUCGGCAAGGAGCUGUCCAAGAUCCCCAUGCCUGUCAACUUCAACGAGCCCCUGUCCAUGCUCCAGCGGCUGACGGAGGACCUGGAAUACCACGAGCUGCUGGACCGGGCGGCUCGCUGCGACAGCCUGGAGCAGCUGUGUCUGGUAGCAGCCUUCUCCGUGUCGUCCUACUCCACCACGCUGCACCGCACGGCCAAGCCCUUCAACCCUCUGCUGGGGGAGACCUACGAGCUGGACCGCCUGGAGGACCACGGCUACCGCUCGCUGUGUGAGCAGGUAAGCCAUCACCCUCCAGCUGCAGCUCAUCAUGUGAUUUCCCAGCGAGGCUGGACCCUGUGGCAGGAAAUCACCAUCGCUAGCAAGUUCCGCGGAAAAUACCUCUCCAUAAUGCCUCUGGGAGCAAUCCACCUGCAGUUCCACUCCAGUGGGAACCACUACGUGUGGAGGAAGGUCACCUCCACAGUGCACAACAUCAUCGUGGGCAAGCUGUGGAUAGACCAGUCCGGGGAUAUUGAGAUUGUCAACCACAGGACCAAGGAGACAUGUCAGCUCAAGUUCUCCCCCUACAGCUACUUCUCCAGGGAAGUCCCACGCAAGGUGACGGGGGUGGUGCUGGACGGCGGCGGCCAGGCCCAGUACGUGCUGUCUGGGACGUGGGACGACAAGAUGGAGAGUGCCCGGGUGGUGCAGAGCUCCCGGGGGGGCGCAGGGGCGGAGGGCAAGCAGAAGACUGUGUACCAGACCCUCGGCCCCAAGCUGCUGUGGAAGAAGUACCCACUACCGGACAACGCUGAGAACAUGUACCACUUCUCGGCGCUGGCCCUCACCCUGAACGAGCCGGAGGAAGGGGUGGGGCUGACGGACAGCCGGCUGAGGCCGGACCAGAGGCUGAUGGAGGCCGGGUGCUGGGACGAGGCCAACGCCGAGAAACAGAGGCUGGAGGAGAGGCAGCGGGCGGUGAGGAGGAGGAGGGAGGCUGAGGCCUCCGACGCCCUGGACGAUGGGAAAGAGUACGAGGGCUACCAGCCACACUGGUUCCACAAGAGGAGGGACUCUAUCACUGGGGAGACUAACUUUGUGUAUAAGGGAGGCUACUGGGAGUCCAAGGACAGGCAGGACUGGAGUAUGUGUCCAGUCAUCUUCUAACUACACAUCAGCUGUCAGAGUCGUCCGUAGACGCCCUGCCCCCUCCUCCAGCCCCCCAGCCCCCUCUCUCGGAGGAAGAUUGAUGCCUCUGGACCAUCUUACAGUUUGUGCGGACUUCCUUGUGCAUGGGACUGUGUACCAUGUCACACACACACAGUACAUCCUCGCUUACACACACACACACACACACACACACACAGUACAUCCUCGCUUA